UUAGUAGCAGCUCAAUAGAUAUUGUAGACGAUUUGUUAUUUCUAUUUAACUGCGUCUUAAUUGAUAAAUUGUAGUUGUUUGCUUAUAAAGUGAAUCAGUUUUUUAUUAAAGUUGGACUUAGUAUAAACGAAAUCAACUUUUCAACGAACAAGAAAUCUACCGAUUGCUACAUGGAAACGAUAAGAUGGAGACUUUUGUGGUGAUUUUAGUUCUAGCCGUCUCAAUUUGCGCUGCCAAUAUUGGAAACUGUCCUGUUCACCUACCUAGAAACCACCAUUUGUACGAGUUUGACACAAGUUGUUAUCAGUUUAAUUUGGGGUUCGUAGACUGGUCCGACGCUCUCGUAAAAUGUCAAGCAAAGAAAGGCAAACUUAUAAAAAUCCACUCAAAGGCUCUGCAAGAUUUUAUCUACAGCACCUGGAAGGGCAUAAUGCACACAUCAAGCCAAUCCAAGAUAUGGAUUGCCCUGAACUACUUAUCAUCAGGGAUGUGGGCGUGGUAUCCAGGAAGGGAAGAAGCUGAUUACCAGAAUUGGGCUUCAGGACUGCCAGACAAUGAAGGCGAGAAAUACUGUGCUGCAGUGACGUUAACCGGUGAAUGGAAAAAUUAUGAUUGUGAUGAUGAUAGCAUUGGCUAUAUAUGUGAAUUCCCAUUGACCCAAAACCAAGACUGUCCUUCAAAUCUGGCUCGAACUUACGAUUUACUGUCAUGGCGGGACCAUUGUUACCUACUAGCUCUGGAUUCACGCCGUGACUGGACUACCGCGAGUCACAGUUGUCAACAUUUAGGUGGCUACCUGGUUGAUAUUCAUUCGCAGGAAGAGCAAGAUUUUAUAUCUAAUUCCUACAGGAAAAUACGAAAGGACACAGCAGCUGUAGGUAUAGGAGCAUGGAUUGGUUUGUCAGACGGACAAAACUAUUAUGAGGAGGGAAGAUGGAACUGGAUAUCAAAUGUUAAAGAACUUGACUAUCAAAAUUGGAGUCCUGGUCAGCCAAAUAAUCUAAGUGAUCUGGAAGACUGCGCACUUAUGCGUUGGUCUGCUGAACAGUAUGCUAAUGGUAAAUGGCAUGAUUACCCUUGUGCCGAGGGUCAUGACUGGAUAUGUAAAUUCCGGAAAAGUGUUUAAUACAAAGAAGAUAUAAGCCUACCAACAGGACAAAAUAAUCAAUUCCUAUGACAUAGAUAGUAAUGAAUGAUAAAUAUGAUAUUUAUAUGUUUUUGUUUCGUUUCAAAUACAACUUAAAAUUUGCCAAAAAUAAAUUAUGCACCCUA